AUGAGCACGGCGGGUCAAACGGACCAAGCUUCCUCCAAGAAGCACCACACCGACAACACCAGCAGCAACUCAAGGUCCAUCCAGCAUGACAGCAUCAGCUACCAGGACACCAGGGGGCACUGGGGCAGCAGGAUGGAGUUCCUACUUGCCUGCCUCGGCUACUCGGUGGGAUUGGGGAACUUGUGGCGGUUCCCCUACCUGGCGUAUGAAAAUGGAGGAGCGGCGUUCCUGUUGCCGUACCUGCUGCUGCUGGUGAUCGUAGGUCGUCCCCUCUACCUGACUGAGGUGGCACUCGGGCAGUACAGUCAGCUGGGGCCCCUGCACACCUACAGGAAAGUCGCACCUCUUAUGGCUGGCAUAGGAUACAUGCAGCUCAUCUCUGAGAUUCCUUCGGUCUCCUCGCUGAUGAUCAUUCUAAGCUACUCCCUGCACUACCUCUUCACCAGCCUCACUCACAUCGGCCAUACCUUGCCGUGGUUAAAGUGUGACCCCGCAUGGGCGACGGAACAGUGCCACGUGAUGGGGGUAGCAAACUCAUCCUGCCUCGGCAGUAACAACACUGGGGCGUGCACCUCUUCCGACCAAUCGUCUGCAAUUCAGUACUGGAAACACGAGGUGUUGCGACUGGACUCGGUUGGCCUCGUGAACUUUGGGGAGUUGGGAGGCCUGAUCCCCUCGCUGGUGUUGUGCCUCUUCGCCGGGUGGGUGAUUACGUGCCUCUGCCUCAUUAAGGGCAUCAAGACUUCGGGCAAAGUCGUCUACUUCACGGCAACCUUCCCUUUCGUCGGGCUGCUUGUCCUCAUGAUCGCUGGAGUCUCGCUAAGCGGAGCAUCGAAAGGGCUGGUGUUCUUGUUCGUGCCCAAGUGGGAGAAGCUGCUGGAUGUGAACGUGUGGAGGAAGGCGCUGGAGCAAGUGAUCUAUUCGCUGUCUGUAGGUGGAGGCGGAUUAAUCACUUACGGCUCUUACAACGAUUUCAACACCAAAGUGCACGUUGACGUCUUGAUUUUAUCGGUAUUGGACCUGAUUGCGUCGUUGAUGAGCGCCGUGACCAUCUUCUCUGUACUGGGCGCCAUGGCCUAUGAACUGGGCAUCGAUGACGUCAGCAAAGUCGUGGCGUCCGGUCCGGGCUUGGCAUUCGUCGCGUACCCUGAGGCGAUCGCCCGCACUUUGCCAGUACCCCACCUCUGGUGCUUUCUGUUCUUCUUCAUGGUCUUCACUCUUGGUCUUGACUCCUUGUUCGGGGGCAUGGAGACGCUACUGACGGCGCUGCUGGACGAAUUCUCGAAUAUGCGGCGCCACAAGCCGUUGGUGGUGAUAGGCCUCUGCAGCGCCCUCUUCUGUCUCGGCCUCCCCUACUGCACUCCGAAAGGGCAGUACGUCUUCUACCUCAUUGACGUCUUCAAGUUCGGCAUAGGAAGUUUGAUGGGAGGCUUCUUCACCUGCGUCGCCGUCCACUGGUUGUUUGGUGUCAACAAUUUCAGUGACAUGAUCGAAUUCAUGUUGGGCUUCCGCCCGUCCGUCCUCAUGCGCGUUACCUGGGCCUGCAUCGCUCCCGUCACGCUGUUGGUGGUGUUCGUGGGUUCCUUGCUGCAGUGGCGUUGGCCGCUGUACGCUGGCACCAUCCACUACCCCGUGUGGGCGCUGGUGCUGGGCGCCGCCGUCCCCCUCGUUACCCUCGCCCCCCUCGUCAUCGUCGCCCUUGUGCACGUCAUGGAGCUCGUCUGGAACGGAAGGGGACGCGACAUCCUAAAGCACCAUCACCAAUGGGGCCCAGGUUGUCCCGUGGCCCGUCAACGACUCAACGAAGCCAUGCGACUCACUCGAGAGGCGCAGAGACUCAACACCCUCGUCACAGAGGGCUCCGUCAACAUAGCCUUCGACAGCACCGAUCUAUAG